ACGGAAGACUUAAAUAUGUCCUGAAAACUAUGUCAUAAUGCAGAGGCCUGGCCAAAAGAGGCCCAAUACCCCAAGUGUUUCGAAAUGCCAAGCGGACUUAGACGCUAGUCACUGGUCUCAGGAGGUGAGAGAGGUUGUCGUACGCGCCAAGCAGGACGGCGCCGUCAAUUUCGCUGUCCGCGGUGGGUCAGACCUGGGCGAGUUUGCCUGCGUGUUCGAGACGGAAGAGGGGUCCGGACUGUACGACGGCGACCUGCUUCUGGAAGUGCAGGGCGAGAAGGUCGCGGGCUACACCCAGCGGGACGUGGUCGCCUGGCUCAGUCACUGCUGCCGCAACGGCAACCCAGUCACCCUCAAGGCAGUCCGAGCUGGUGCUGUUCCCAAAGAUCUGAGAGUUUUCCUUAACACCCGCUUCCAACGAGGUUCAGUCGAUCACGAUUUGCAGAACACUAUCAGGGACAAUCUAUACCUUCGAACAGUCCCCGUCACCACACGUCUACCAAGAGACGGAGAAGUGAAUGGUGUAGACUACACAUUUUUAAGUUUAGAAGAAUUUGCUAAACUUGAAAGAGGUGGAAGUCUUCUUGAAAGCGGUAUCUAUGAGGGAAACCAUUAUGGAACGCCCAAACCAUCAAAAGAGCCUUCUAGUGGUCCUGCAUCUGCAAGCAGUGUGAUCCCAGCAGCCACAGGGUUGUUUCCAGGGGCGCAUCCCUCAUCCGAAGGCAAGCGGAGAAGAAACAGGUCCAACGUCGAAGCCAUGGCAGCGAAAAGCACAGAACCUGAAGCAGAAUCUGAUCAUGCUCAUGCAAAUGCUCACACUCAUGCUCACACCCAUGCUCACGCCCAUGCAGAGGCUCAUCAUCAUAAAUUUAAUAAUCAUAAUGCCCACAGUGAACUAAGUGACGUCAAAAUGAAUGGGUCGGGAUCAUUUCCUGAUGCUCCCCCUAGUUACAAUGAUGGUCCAAGCCAGAGUCACCAUACCUCUGGCGAUGAUAUUGGUCCACUUCCACCAAACUGGGAAAAGGCUUUCACUGAAAGAGGCGAAGCCUAUUUCAUAGAUCAUAAUACUGGAACUUCUCAUUGGCUAGAUCCUAGAUUAUCUAAGUUCCAAAAGAAGUCUUUAGAAGAAUGCACUGAAGAUGAACUACCCUAUGGCUGGGAAAAAAUUCAUGAUCCUCAGUAUGGAACUUACUACAUUGAUCAUGUAAACAGGCGUACUCAGUAUGAGAAUCCUGUAAUUCAAGCUAAACGAGCUGUUAAUGAUUCUGGAACCCCUGAAAGCCUUAUUCAAGAGCUUGGAAGCGACGGGCAGUACCCUGUUCCGCCACCACCUCACAAUGCGAUGCACAACUCCCAGCAGCACCAUCCCCUUGGUCCCCCUCAAAGUGUUUCUCACGGCUCAAAUGCUGGAAGUGUGCCAUCAACUCCAUCCAAAAGACAAAACAAUUGCUCAUCACGGGCAUUUUUUACAAGAAAUCCUAUGGAGUUAGAGGGAGAACGUAUCCAUUCAACACUUAUCAAAUCUGCCAGAGGUCUUGGUUUUACGAUUGUUGGUGGAGAUGAUCUUGAAGAAGAGUUUUUACAAAUCAAGUCUGUGGUCCCAAAUGGUUCAGCUUGGCUUGAUGGAAAGCUCCAGACAGGUGAUGUGCUGGUCUAUGUUAAUGAUACUUGUGUCCUGGGAUUUACCCAUCAUGACAUGGUCAGCAUGUUCCAAUCAAUUGCUCCUGGGGAAACUGUGUCACUUGAAGUUUGUCGUGGCUAUCCCUUGCCAUUUGAUCCCAAUGAUCCAAACACAGAAGUCGUAACAACAGUUGCUGUGAAUGCUCCAGAUCCUCAUAUUCCGGGAAAUAACUCAUACAUGUACCACAAUGGUGAUGUAAAAUCUGAACGGGGUUAUCAUUUCAUGGAACCUGACGAUCUUGCCAACAGCUCUGUUAAGUCAAUGCCGGAGCUUUGUGACAGAAUCGAUCAAGGUGUUCCCAUUCCUAGGCCGAACUCGACAGAUACCCUCCUUGACCCUCCAGUGCCAGCCAAGCCAGAGUUUCUCACCAUCUCUAUUGUGAAAGGUGCAAUGGGGUUUGGUUUCACUAUUGCUGACAGUGCUUAUGGACAAAAGGUGAAAAAAAUCCUGGACAGACAGCGCUGUAAAACUUUACAAGAAGGAGAUAUACUGGUAGAAAUUAACAAUGUAAAUGUACGUACAAUGUGCCAUGGAGAUGUUGUUCAAGUGUUGAAAGAUUGCCCACGGAAUGUGGAUGCAACUAUAACUGUACAGAGAGGAUCAAGUUCAAACAAGAACAAGGCCAGGAAGAAGGAAGAUCUCGUGCUGCCUGGAGCAAGAAAAGCUUAUCGCAGUAAAACUCCUACAGCUGACUUGUACAGUACUCAACCUAAAGAAGUUGUUCCAACCCGACCAAAAACACCCCUUGUAGAUACAAGAAUACGUGCAAAGACCCCUACCAAUGUUGGAUCCUGGAUGCACAAUGAUCCAAGCCUGAAAGCAGACAGUGACAUUGAUAAAAAUACUGAUAUUUUGCAAAGUCCGUCUAUUGCUUCCCAGUACGAUGGCUACCAAACAACAGCUUUUCCGUAUCCCCAUCCGCACUCGUAUGACUUGAGCCAGCGACUUGCCAACACCUCCUUGAGAAGCCCAGAUGAGUACAGUCGAAGCCACAGUCCGGGGAACGGAUUGGACGAUCCUGUGUCUCACAGAGGCCAUUACCCUCCUCCCAAUCAACUUUACUACAAUGGCUAUGGGAGUUAUGAUCCGGGUUAUGGUUAUGCCUAUGAUGCACAGACACCUACUGGCUAUGCUCCUCAUCCAAAUCUGGAUUAUUACCCAAAGGGCAAAGAAAGCACCAGCUUUGAACACGAGCAGCCACUAUCUAGCCUUGUAUCCAGGUACCCACGUGAUCCUCGAUGGAUCGGUCUUGGUCCAGCUAGGGUAUAUCCUGCCGAGCCUGGGUUUGAUUGGGUCGAAACACUGGUGACUCUUCAGAGACAGGAAACAGGAUUUGGUUUCCGAAUUGUUGGUGGGACUGAAGAGGGCUCCCAGGUAGGAUCAACGGUGUCUGUAGGCCACAUUGUUCCUGGUGGGGCAGCAGACCUGGAUGGCAGACUCUGUACUGGUGAUGAGAUGAUGAGUGUGGAUGGUCAGUCUGUCAUCAACACAUCUCAUCACCAUGUGGUGCAACUGAUGGCGAGAGCUGCUGCCGCGGGACGUGUCACCCUGGGCAUUCGCCGAAGGAUUCCCUCCCAUGAUGUUCAAAGUUACGGUAGCAGACACGAUGGUGGAUACCCUUACGAUGUUACUGUCACAAGAAGAGAAAAUGAAGGCUUUGGUUUUGUUAUUAUAUCUUCAGUCAAUAAAAUUGGCUCUACCAUUGGUCGAAUUAUUGAAGGAAGUCCUGCAGAACGAUGCAAUCAAUUGCAUAUAGGCGACCGUAUUUUAGCAGUCAACCAUAUGAAUAUCACUAGCCUUCAUCAUGGUGACAUUGUAAACCUCAUCAAGGAUUCUGGUUAUUCUGUCACUUUGACUAUUGGUGCUCCUUUAGAUGAUGCUUCUAGCACUGCAUCAGUGUCUCACAGGGAGGAGGGUGGUGAGGACGAACAGUACCAUGCUGUUGAAUUGAACCGCGGCACUCGGGGCUUCGGCUUCAGCAUCCGUGGCGGUCGAGAGUUUCAGAAUAUGCCGCUGUUUGUUCUUCAGAUAGCGGAAAAUGGUCCUGCGUCUUUAGACAACAGGCUGAAGGUUGGGGACCAAAUAAUCGAAAUCAAUGCCAUUAAUACCAAAAACAUGACUCAUGCAGAAGCCAUUGAGAUCAUUCGGAAUGGAGGCCCAUCUGUGCGGCUCUUGGUUAAAAGAGGGGGGCGAGUGCCACCUCCCCCAAAUAUAGGUGGGUGUCACGAUACUUAUUCAGAAGAAAUGGUUGGGACCUUAAUGGAUUCGACUUGUAAUCAACUAACCACUACUCUUGGCAACUCUAUGAAUGGUUCCAUUGGCAACUCCCUUGACGACCCCUCGUUACAUCCUCGCCACAGUCAGUGCAGUGACCUAAUGCCUGAAUCACUAACAGACCCUUUAAGUGACCCGCUAACAGCUCCUCUAGCUGUGCCGAUCCUUAACGAAGCUAAUGGUCAUGUGCAUGAUCCUAUGCUUGAUAUAAUGCCAUCUCAAGUUUGCUGAGGUGUUCAGAAAAUUGAUGUGAUGAAGUCUGAUGUUUAUUUUGUAUUUAGCUUCCUAUUUUUCUGAAGUUUUCUGAGAAUUGUAUUCUUUAUGUCAGUGACACCAUCAAUUGUUAUUAAUUGCACAAGUCACUACCCUGUAUAGCAUUUGCACAAUUUAAGACUAAGAUAAUUUUUUGAAACUUUAUUAAUUUGGCACAUCUGUAGUACUUGAAUGACUGCAUGCUCAAUUGAUGCUUGAAGUGGAUUUUCCUCCUCUGCUUUCAGUUCUGCUUUGGUUCAGGGACAUUUGGAAAUUUUAUGGUCAGUUAGUGGAAAGCAAUCUAUUUUGUGACCCCCUUGUUUAGCACCCUACUGGCCCAAUCCCCCUCACUCCUGCUUGGUAUGGGACCCAUGCAUGUUCAAUUUGUGCAUUCAUUUAAUUGUUGUAGUUGAGUCUGAUUCUAGUGAUGUGGGUUGUUGUGGGAAGUAAGGUAGCAUUGAGGUGUAUUGUUUGUGUGCAGACCCGUGCAUGAGGCCGAGUUCUUCCCAAGCCCAUGUGGGAGAUGCUGGCUAUUGGGAUGCGUACCAGCAAAGCUGACAUCUUUAAAAGAACAACUCUCAGGUCCCACCGCUUCGCCCUUCUGUCAACAUUUUAAAACUCUGUGUAUGGAUUAGUUGGGGGUCUUGCGCUGUCUGCACUGUUUUAGUUGUUUAGGUUUGGUUUCAAUCGCUAAGUUUUGUAACUGUACAUGGUACAUGCCAUUGUAGUUUGAUCUGGUCGUGAUAGGCAGCUGUAUCAGUGUGGCAUUUUAAUCAGGGAACCAGCUCAAUCAACUUUGAAUAUUGUCAGUGUGUAUUACUGCCUUGAACCCAAAGAUGUUGCCUCACAGAGCUCAAGCCAAGAUAUCUGAUUAUCUUGAGGAUAAUGUUGGCUCAUUUUCUGGAAGUAACUUGUGCAUAAGACAUAUGCCAAGUUUUUUUUAUCUUCAAUUUUAUUGUCAAUGUAAGUUAAACCUGCUUUUCCAAAUGCAGUGAAUUCUUUCUUUUGAAGUGAUUCAGGAUAGAUAUGGUAACAGUUGUUUGUUGAUUACAUUCUCCGUCCACUGACCUCUAUGCCCCAUGAGUUAUUGAAUGGGUGUGACUAAUUGACCUUUUUUUUCAAAAUUAAUUACAUCCAGUGAUAUUUAAAAAAAUUAUAUUGCUUAAAAUUAUAUUGCUUCCACUAUAUUAUCUUGCCAAGGCAUUCUAGUGAAGCAGCUGUUAAGAAUUUUAUAAAUUGAAUAUUGAACAAUAUUUUAUUUGUUGCUAUUGCUGUCAUGUUGUUGUGCAUGGUUUAUUAUUGCAUUACUAUUACGUAGUUUUUGGUUGUUACUUGAGUGCACGUGGUUUUUUUUUUAUACUUACACGUAGUUGCUGCCAAACAAAAGACAUGUUAAGACAACUGCAUCUGAAACAAAAGACAGCCAAGUUCUUUGUUAAGGUGUUAAUGCUGUCAGGAACUUUUCUCUUACAAUUUGAAAAGUAUGAUAAGUAGUUGACACUGUAUCCCUACACUAAAUUAAUAUUGUUAUUUUUGAUUUACAAUUGUGUUGAGUUUGGAGUAUGAAUGAAGACAGGCUCAAGGUUGACUCACAUGCCAUAUGAACGCAGUAAGCCAUGCUUGACAAUUAUUUGUACUGUGCUACAACAUGCUGCAUUUAAUCAAGUGAACAUGAUUGUGAUGUAAACAAUAAUGUAUUUUCCAAGUGUUUAGUAGUAACAUUUGAAAUUUGCUGUAGCUUUGUUUGAAAUUGCCUAGUGUGCCUUGUAAUGAAAGGGAAAAAUUGUGAAACUUUGGUAAGCCAAGAUAUCCGUCCUUUUAAAUUAAGACUGUCAGUGACAUUCAUUCUGAAUUUUUCAUGUUAGUGUUCGAACAGAGUUUACAUUUUGGUGUUUUGAAUAACGACAUCUUGUGUCUUUUUAUCGUUUUGGCCAACAUAACAAUUGAUAGAGAGAAAGACUGAAUUGUGCGUUUUGUGGUGCACAAAGUCAUGUGAGGCUUGGUUAUAGUCCAGAUUGAGCAUACCUUCAAGUGAAGUAAUUUUUGUCUUGAUAUUUUGGGUAAAUUUUCACCCUAAAGAAAUUUGUUGGAUUUUUCUUACAUUAAUCUUAGAACUAGUUUCACUAUUUUAUAGCCGUUUUAUUAUCUUGACAAUGGAACAUUCUUGAACAUAAAAUUUGUUAUUUUAAUCAAUUUUUCUUCUAAAUGAAGUUGUUUGAGAUUGUGGAUAAUUUAUAGACGUUUUUAUGAGAAUAUUCGCAAGCAUGUUUUAUAUUUAAUUAUUUUAUGCCACCUUUACUGUGGCUUGUACAUUUGUUGUUUUUACAUAUGCAACAAAAUUAAUCAUGUAGGCGAGUUAUUUUUUAUACCACACAUGUUUAUUGAAUUUGUCAACCCUUUGUCCAAUGGUUGUGUUCAUAUUUGAGCAUUUCUACUUGUUAUUAUUGCUCAUGUUUUAUUCUAUUGCAAGUAGAAUUAAAUGCAUACUAUCUGAUGGUAGUACUUGGAUAUAAGGUAAUUAUAUGUAUAUAUGACUUAAUCGUCCAUACACUUUGAUUAGGUUAGUAGUUCUUGAUUUCCCCAUUCCCCCCUUACCUCUUUUGAUAAAGCAACAAGACAAGCCCAGUGUAGUCAUUACAUUUUGCCUUGCAAAUGAGAAUGAAUACACGAGUGGCAUUAGCCAAAGAUUGCAUGUGCCUAGUGUUCACAAUGUGCUUCUAUUUGUGAACACAUGUUAUGUAUGAGUUAUCACCUUCUGCUGUGUGUAUAAAGAGGUAAAAUUUCUCACAUACUUUCCUUCAUGUUUAUAAUGUAGAAUGUGCAGAUAACACUCAGUAAACGAUGUGAGAUAAGGACAAGUAUUGAUUUAUAUAGUGCAUAAUAUGGAACCACACAUACUGCCCUCUUUAAGUGAUAAAAUUGAGGCAUAGAUCUGAGGAUUGAGAUUACUAUUAUUUACUCAUGUUAAUUCUAGUGUGGACCUUGAAUUGAUCUUCCUGUUGCAGACAUUAUGUAUCUGUGCAUCCCUCGUAAAUUAAUUCAAUAUGAGGAGGUACUGUUAAUUUGUGUGCCUUAGUCCUUCCCUUUCCUUGACUGCCUUUGUAUUCAGUGAAAAUUUAUAUUUUUCAUGUUUGGUCCAAGAUCUGAUUCUUAACGCUCUCAACAGUGUUGUUUCCUGAAAGUUGUGUAAACUGCCGCCAUGAUAUUUGGUGUUAGUACUGUAUCAGUACUUGGAAUAAAUUAUAUGUGUUAUGGUGAAAA